AUGCAAAUGCAAAAAUAAUAAAGAUUAUAAAGCAAUAGAUUUAAAGAAUAUUGUUAAUACACUACUUAUAUUUAAUAAUGGAAAAAUCAAGUUAAAUUACUUGAAAAAGAUAGAACAGCAGGUCAUCAACAGAUCUUCAAAGUAGCAUAGAUAUAGAAUGGAAAAAUCUCUUUAACAAUGUAUUAUCAUAAAUAAUGUAAUAUCUAAAUAUCAUUUAGUAAUAUAAUGAAUCUGAUAGUUCUAGAAGAAAGCUAAUUGUUAAUAGUAAUUUUAAGACAAUAAAAUUAAUCUAAACAAUUUGUAAUGCUACAAGAAUUUUCUUUUUGAUCAGAAUGAAUUUAUUCUAAGUAUAAUUCAAUAAGGGAAUUCAUAUGUUCUUUAAGAUUAUUAUACUAGAAUUUCAUUCCACUUGAGGUAUCCAUUCAUAAAAUACACAUUGUAAGCUAUCAACAAAAAUAAAAAUAAAAAGGAAAAAUUUAUAAGAGAUUAAUUAUAAAUAUGUAAAUAGAUCCAAUUCUUAUCAUAAAAAAAUAUUCAUUUAAUUACAAAUAUUUAAUUAACUAGAUAAGGAUUGAUCAUUUAUUUAAGUUAUUAAGUAUUUAUUUAUUGUUUUAUCUUAGAUAAUAUCAUUUGUUGAAUAAUAAGUUAUUUAAAGAUUUGAUGAUGAGUAUGAAUUGGGUCAUCAAUUCAAUAUUAAACAUUGA